UACAACUUAAAAAUAGAAAUCUUAACAAGGGUUGUUAAUUAGAGAAGACCAUUAAAAGCAAAACUUGAUUAAUUAGGGCCUUCUUUUCUUCCUUUUUUCUCGACCACAGACAUUUCUUCUCACGUGUAUACAUACCGCCUCUGCCCCAUUAUUUCCUUUCUUGAAACCUUCCCCUUACAACCUCAAACUGAGACCAUCUAUCCCCCCCAAAAAAACUAAAAAUUUAAAACUUUAAAAGAAAAAAAAAAUGGCAGGAACUCCGCGGAAGCCUCACGCGAUCAUGAUCCCGUACCCGUACCAAGGCCACAUCAAUCCGUUCGUGAGCCUGGCCAUGAAACUGGCGGCGCAGGGCUUCACCAUAACCUUCGUCAACACACAAUCCGUACAUUGCCGUAUUUCCCGGGCCCAAAAGUGGAUUGACGGCUCAGACAUUUUCGCCGGAGCACGGGAUUCAGGUCUGGACAUCCGCUACGCGACGGUUUCCGAUGGGUUCCCGCUGGGAUUUGAUCGGUCUCUGAAUCACGACCAGUUUGUGGAGGGUCUGAUUCACGUUUUCUCUGCGCACGUCGACGAACUGGUGGCGAAUUUGGCGGACUCCGAUCCGCCCGUCACGUGCUUGAUAGCCGAUACAUUUUAUGUUUGGGCAUCGGCGAUCGCCGAGAAGCAUAAUUUGGUUAGCGUGUCGUUUUGGACAGAACCUGCGCUGGUUUUGUCUUUAUAUUACCACCUGGAUCUCCUCAAGGAAAAUGGUCACUUUGGUUCUCAAGAAAAACGACAGGACAUCAUAGAUUACAUUCCAGGCGUGGGGACUAUUAAACCGACAGACCUCACAUCUUACCUCCAAGCUGAUGAAAUAUGGACGGUGGUGCAUCGCGUGAUUUACAGGGCAUUUGAGGAUGUCAAAAAAGCUGAUAUCAUAAUUUGCAAUACAGUUCGAGAACUCGAGUACAACACACUUGCUGCGCUCCACAGGAAACAGCCCACCUACGCAAUUGGGCCAAUCGUCUCAGAUUUCACUAACCAGACAGUGGCUACGAGUCUAUGGUCCGAAACGGACUGCACCCCAUGGCUCAACGAGAAGCCUAAUGGGUCCGUUUUGUACGUCUCCUUCGGUAGCCACGCCCACACCACUAGUAAAGAAGACAUUUGGGAGAUAGCCCAUGGGUUGGCAUUGAGCGGGGUGAAUUUUGUGUGGGUGGUCCGGCCCGAUAUUGUCAACUCCAACGAUGCUAAGUUUUUGCCUGUUGGAUUCGAAAACAGCAUCAAGGGCCGGGGGCUAAUCGUGCGAUGGUGCAGCCAGAUGAAGGUGAUGUCACAUCCUGCAAUCGGAGGAUUCAUGUCACACUGUGGUUGGAAUUCGGUGCUGGAAAGCAUAUGGUGCAAAGUUCCGUUAAUAUGUUUCCCUUUGUUCACGGAUCAAUUCACUAACCGUAAGUUAGUCGUUAAUGAUUGGAAGAUCGGGAUUAAUCUCUGUGAUAGGCCAUCGAUAACUCGGGAGGAGGUGAAGGACAAGGUCAAGUAUUUGAUGAGUGGACAAACUUCGGAGGAGUUGAGGAAUACAAUCAAGAAGGUGAGUAGUACGAUGAAGAAUGCAUUGAUGAGUAGUGGAUCAUCUGAGGAAAACUUUCAUCUAUUUAUUGAGAAUGUAAAGGCCCAAAUGAAUAAAAAAGAUGGGCUGGCCUUUGAAGUAAGAGGUGAACCAUUGAAUCAUGUUUGGGCUCCCCCUGCAGUAAAUCUACGUGAGCAGACAAUAUAGGUUUUGUUCCAAUCAUGUAAUUGAUUGAGGUGGCUGAAUUAGCCAGUAGUUUGUACUUUUGGACUUGCAUGAGUUGCGGUCUUGUUAGUGUUUAGGUUAUGUAAUGGAAUUCGCUUAGAAAUCAAAUUGUUUGUUUCUUUUUCCUCU